GCCACGCCGGGGGAGGAGCCCCAAAGGGGGAAAAAGAAAGUGCGGCGGAAAGUAAGAGGCUCACUGGGGGAAGACUGGCCGAAUCAGGGUCCCCGGGGCUCCGCUUUGGCCAGACGCACGGAAAGAAGCAGCGCUGGGCGACCCUGCACCCAUCCCCGCCGCUUUCGCUGCGCCCGCUCUGCUUCCCAAGAAAGGAUGGGACUUCUGUGGUGUGUAAUGAGCCUCUACUUUUAUGGAAUCCUACAAAGUCAUGCCUCAGAACGCUGCGAUGACUGGGGACUAGAUACCAUGAGGCAGAUCCAAGUGUUUGAAGAUGAGCCAGCUCGCAUCAAGUGCCCACUCUUUGAACACUUCUUGAAGUAUAACUACAGCACAGCCCAUUCAGCUGGCCUUACUCUGAUCUGGUAUUGGACGAGGCAGGACCGGGACCUUGAGGAGCCAAUUAACUUCCGCCUCCCUGAGAACCGCAUUAGUAAGGAGAAAGAUGUGCUCUGGUUCCGGCCUACCCUCCUCAAUGACACGGGCAACUAUACCUGCAUGUUGAGGAACACCACAUAUUGCAGCAAAGUUGCAUUUCCUCUGGAAGUUGUUCAGAAAGAUAGAUGCUUCAGUUCUUCCAUGAAAAUCCCAGUGCAUAGACUGUAUUUAGAAUAUGGUGUUCAGAAGAUCACUUGUCCAAAUGUAGAUGGAUUUUUUCCUUCCAGUGUCAAACCAACCGUCACUUGGUAUAUGGGUUGUCAUAAAAUAAAGGACUUUCAUAAUGUGGUAACUGAAGGCAUGAACUUGAGUUUUCUCAUAGCCUUGGUUUCAAAUAAUGGAAAUUAUACAUGUGUUGUUACGUAUCCAGAAAAUGGGCGUACCUUCAAUCUCACCAGGACCCUGACUGUAAAGGUGGUAGGGUCUCCAAAAGACGUAUUGCCCCCCCAGAUCCAUUCACCCAAUGAUCUUGUGGACUAUGAGAAAGAACCGGGAGAGGAGCUACUCAUCCCCUGUAAAGUCUAUUUUACUUACCUGAAAGACUCUCGCAAUGAGGUUUGGUGGACCAUUGAUGGAAAAAAGCCAGACGACACCGCUGUGAACGUAACUGUUAAUGAAAGUGUAAGUCAGACUCUAACGGAAGAUGAAUGGAGAACUCAGCUUUUGAGCAUCAAGAAAGUUACUGCUGAGGAUCUCAAACGCAACUAUGUCUGUCAUGCUAGAAAUGCCCGAGGGGAGGUUGACAAACUAGCCAAGGUGAAACAGAAAGUGAUAGCUCCCAGAUACACUGUGGAACUGGCGUGUGGUUUUGGAGCCACAAUCCUGCUGGUGGUGAUUCUCAUUGUUAUUUACCAUGUUUACUGGCUGGAGAUGGUCCUGUUUUACCGGGCUCAUUUUGGAACAGAUGAAACCAUUUUAGAUGGGAAGGAAUAUGAUAUUUAUGUAUCCUAUGCAAGGAAUGCUGAAGAAGAAGAAUUUGUAUUACUGACCCUCCGUGGAGUUUUGGAGAAUGAAUUUGGAUACAAGCUGUGCAUCUUUGACCGAGACAGUCUGCCUGGGGGAAUUGUCACAGAUGAGACCUUGAGCUUCAUUCAGAAAAGCAGACGCCUCCUGGUUGUCCUAAGCCCCAACUACGUGCUCCAGGGAACCCAAGCCCUGCUGGAGCUCAAGGCUGGCCUAGAAAACAUGGCCUCUCGGGGCAACAUCAACGUCAUUUUAGUACAGUACAAAGCUGUGAAGGAAACGAAGGUGAAAGAGCUGAAGAGGGCUAAGACGGUGCUCACGGUCAUUAAAUGGAAGGGGGAGAAAUCCAGGUAUCCACAGGGCAGGUUCUGGAAGCAGCUGCAGGUGGCCAUGCCAGUGAAGAAAAGUUCCAGUGCCAAGUGGUCUAGAAGUGGCGAGCAGGGUCUCUCCUAUUCAUCCUUGAAAAAUGUAUGAAAGGGGUAAAAAGAUCCAAGGGCACUCCAGAAAGGAAGAGUUCCGCCUUCUUCAUUCCCAAUUUAUUGUUUCAUGGACAGAAAAAAUUCUAUGAAAGUCUCCCCACAGAGAUAAAUUCAGGGCGACUGCAUGACUGGUGGUUCUGUUUCCUCAGGCAAUGCUAAGGUUUAGAAUGAUAGUGCCACCAGUCUGUCACCAGUGCCUGAUAUCGCCAUGUGCUUUGCAGGCGAAGACUUGGUUGAUGUGAAUUUCCCCUUCUGCAUCCUUUAUUCCUAUUCCUACAUGUCUCUAUUCUCUCUCUGUCUUUUUUUUCUUUCUUUUUUUUUUUUUUUUUGCUGAGGAAGAUUCACCCUGAGCUAACAUCUGUUGCCAGUUUUCCUCUGUUUUGUAUGUGAGCCGCCAUCACAGCAUGGCCACUGAUAGACGAGUGGUGUAAUUCCGUGCCUGGGAACUGAACCUGGGCCGCUGAAGUGGAGUGCACCGAACUUAACCACUAGGCCACUGGGGCUGGUGCUUUAUUCUCUCUCUUUUUCAUAAUCUUAACGUUGUGGGGCAGCCUUUUGCUGUGGAUUUAAAAACUCCUUAAAGAUAAGUCAUCUGUUAACAGGGUCAUUAUGAGUUUCCAAGUAUAGUUUUCUUUUUUUUCUAAUUUUUGCUCAUCCAUUAAAAGGAAAAUCAGGGCCUAAAUUUACUUUAGCUGAGGAUAAUGACCUCUCUUGCUCAUUCUGCUGUGCAACACACUAUCACAGCAAGACUGACACCCACGUAGGAUGAUAUAAAGCAGUAUAACUGAAACUGUUCCUUUAAUUGAUUUAAAGGGCUUGCCUGCAUUUUCUCCUACUAUACUUUCUGUGCCCUCUAUCUCAGGUAAUUGAUGUUAUAUUUGUCAACUUGAAAAAUAUAUCAUAAUUUUUUUAUUACAGUAAACUCCUAAAUAUCUGUAGGUCAACCCAUGUUUAUCACUCCAUCUUCCCUAUCUACUGUACUUGAUAUCAGUCAUUUAGAGUUUGCAAGUGGCUCCACACUUGGUAGAGUCUGACAAGAGGCAUUUCCUAAUGGUGCUAAUAUAGAGUGAAAUAACAGCAAAAUGCUUUUAGGACAUUUUCUCGCUUGUGAGAAAAGCACAAGACAGGUGUUUGGCAAUUUGUCUUUUAAUCUCAGCUUUGCUAAUGUGAAUAUUAGGAAAGUGAUUUCUUCUCACUUGUUUCUGUCUCCCCAUUGUAAAAUGUGGGAAUUAGACUCAGUGACCUUAAGAGUGGCUUUUAGCAUUAAUAUUCUACGAGAAUUAACUGAACCCCCAAUAUUUUUCAUAUUUUAUUCGUUCAUACAGUAAAUACAUUCGCUCCAAACAAGUCAUUCUGAAAAGUCACUGUCAAUGAAACUUGUUUUAGUUUAAGUGAAAUUUUACCGUUCUUAAGACUUGGAAAAGUGAAAACUAAGUCCAGAUAGAGUAUAUAGAGUGGUAAAUAUCUAUGUUACAUAUAGAUUUAAAAAUAUAUAUAUGUAUACACACACAUGAAUUAUAUAUAUAUGUAUAUCUAUAUUGCAUAUAUAUACACUACAUGAAUUAUAUAUAUGUAUAGAUACCUAUAUAUA